GUGUUGAAAAUGGCAUGCUGUGUUGAGCGAUGCAAUGCAAAUGGCUCAAUAAACAACUAUUUAUUUAUGUAUUUAUUCUUCUGUAAAGGUGAUUGUUUUGGAGAUGCAAGGUUUCCGCCCGACGUCAACGAUACAGUAACAUACCAUGCAUGUUUUCCUGGCAGUUUUAAAUUCGCUUAUUUUUCUAUCUGGUUGUGUGCAAUGGUCACCACUAGGUGUCAGAAACUCUCCAUCCGAUACAAUCAUACUUUGUGCUUGUAUCUGUAUUGAAAAGCGUCAAUGUGAUCAAUUUUUAUUUAUUUAUUUUUUUAUAUCAUGACCAGACAGAAGGGUGACACCCUUCUGUAUAUCAUUGGGAGGCGGGGGAGUCCAAAAUAACUCUGGCCAGUCUUUCUUACUGUGCACUUGCAGCUGUCAAUCAGAGGCCAAAACAAGAUGGCAGGCUGCAGGAGCUGGUUCCUCCUUCUAACAGUUGUGAGUUUGGCUCACGCAGAGAUCAAAUUCAACAUCCCAGCGGGGAAGUUUUUCUCCUACGAGCUGAUGAGGGAGACAUUUCAGAGUGACUUUGAGCCACUGUCCCAGCUCUACCUGGGCCGCCUGUACGAUGACCCGAUGGUGUUCAAGUGCAACAAGCAGCACUUCCCGGAUCUCCCUGAGUGGCUGCGCUUCACCCAGAGGCAUCCCUACGACAACGGCUUUCUUUACGGGACCCCGACAUCUCCUGGGAAGAGCGUCGUUGAGAUUUACGCCGUCAACAAGCGAAGCUAUGAAACCACCAGGCAGAUUCUCGUCCUUAAUGUAAUUGCAGCAAAGAGCCUGCCCUAUCAGGCCGAGUUCUUCAUCAAGCUGCGGGAGAUCGAGAAAGUGCUGCCCCCUGCUGUCCAGGUCGAGAUCAAGCAGGACCUGCAGAAGCUGUGGGACACGGAGGCCUUGGACAUCGUCAACAUCUCCAACGCUCUCGACCGUGGCGGCCGCGUGCCUCUCCCGCUGGCAGGACACUUCGAAGGCGUGUACGUGAAGGCGGGAUCGGAGCAGAACUUCUCCGCCUGCCUGCUGCGGGCACAGACGCCCGAGCGGCGGCUGCAGUGCGCGGCAGGCGCCAAGGUCAAGGUGCCUGGCGGGUGCAACUUCUGCAGUAUCCCCAGCAACUGCAUCAGCUGGUGCAGCACUGAGCUGUUUGAUCUUUCCCAGCUGGAACCAAGCCCGCCCGCCCCUACUUUAGGCUCCGGCGUACUGGAGGCCGGCGAAGACUUUGCACCACCAAACUCCCCCGAGGACCGGGACUUUUUGCCGGACUACAUUGUGACGGUCAUCGUGCCGCUGGUGCUGGCCCUCAUCCUUUGCCUACUGCUCGCCUAUGCCAUGUUUGGUCGUCGUGAGGGCGUCAAAAAGAGGAAUGGGAGGACAAACCAGAUCCAGCUGUACCACCACCACACCAUUCUGGACAACACUGAUGAGCUGAGGAGCAUGGCGGACCACCGCAGUGUCCCCCCGCCGCGCUCCACGCUUCCCAUGUUUGACAGUCGCACAGGGACCCGUGCGCCACCCUCUGACAGCCCCCGUAUCCCCCUCAUCAUGGCCCAGCACGACCCCCACGUCGAUACGCUGCCCAGGAAGUAAGAGCGCCAACGGAGUGGCAGUCCAGGAGGGCAGAAUGUGUUGUGUGCUCUUUGUGUUUGUGAGUGUUUUUCAUACAUUUGUUUUUGACUCUAUUGAUGUCACAAUAUGAAUAAGAAUCCACAUUUUAAAAACUGUUGUGACAUUUUGGCCUUUCACAAAUGGGACAAUUUUGUAGAGUAAAUUGAGUUGAGUUGGGUAAUUUAUAGUAGAAUACAGUAUAAUCCAAAAUUAUAGCUAGCUAUAGUUAUUUUUAAGACUCAAAACAAUGAUUCACUGUUCAUGUAGAAACAAUACAAAAAAAAAUUAUAUCUAUGCAUUGAAAUAUAUACUAAUAUCUAAUUUAAUCACAAAUCCAUAUGGGGUGGUAAAGUGUUUUUAGCACAUCUGCCUCACAUUUCUGAAGUUAGGGGUUCGAAUCCUGGCUCUGGCCUUCCUGUGUGGAGUUGAGUGUUCUCCCCCUGCUGGUGUGGGUUUUUUCCCGGGUAAUCCGGUUUCCUCCCACAUUCCAAAAACAAGGUUGAUUGAAGACUAAAUUGUCCUUAUGUGUGUGUGGCUGGUUCUUUGUCUAUCUGCGCCUUACCCUGCCAACCAGUUCAGGGUCUCCUCUGCCUCUCGCCCAAAAGCGUGAGCCUAGUGAGCAUACGCGUAAUAGAAGAUGAUGGAUGGAAAUUAAUAUGCUCAUAUUAAGAUACACGAGCUCGCAAUUUCAUGUUCCAAUUAACGCCAGACAGAGGUCGCCAGAGUAGCCUCUCAUUUUAAAGCUGCGAGGUUCAAUGCCUCGUUUCUUUUUAUUUUUUUUGAUUGCUAUUGAAGGCUUUUUAUUGAAACUUUUGGUGAUGAACGUUUAAUAAAUAAAAUGCUCUGUGUGUUUUAAUGUUGUCAGGUGCGUUUUUGUUUCGAGAAAAUGUCCUAAAUAUUAUGAUUCUGCCUGAUGAAACGGAAAAGAGGUAGCACGGUGUACUAGUGGUUAGCAGGUAACACGCACAGUUCUAAGGUUCAGGGUUGGAAUCUCUGCUUCAGCUUUCCUGUGUGGAGUAUGCAUUUGUUGCUUUCGCCCACAUUCCCAAAAAUGCAUGUUGUCUGCAUUAAAUUGUCCAUUAGUGUGAAUGAUACUUUGUUUACAUGUGCCCUGUGAUUGCGCCAGUCCUCUUGCCCAAAGCCAUUUUGGAGACUCCAGCUCACCCAUAAUCCUAAAGAGGACAAGAAGUGUAGCAAAUGGAUGAGUUGAAAUGGAAAAGAGUCGGCUUUGUUUUCACUGCUGCUCGUGGGAAACACAAGUGCAACUGCUGUGGAAUAGUUGGUGCCACUAGGCGAUAUUAUAGGCACUGACUUUUUUCUGCCAUAUGGGAGAGUAAUAGACGCAUUACACGGAAGCCAUUUUGGGUUUCACAACAGUUGCAAGACAGGACAGUGAAAAGUCGGCCACUGAGUAGAACCACUUCACAUGCUUUAUUUCAGCACCCAGCAAAAAUAAUUAAAAACAUCUUGAUUUAUUUUACAUGUACAACACAAGUACACAAUCUCUCCUUUUCAACCAUGAAAGUGGGUCUGCUUCCGGGUUGUUGGUUUUUUCUUGGUCUUGAGACAACAAAUAACAUAAACAACAGGGCGGGAGAUGUGUGCUAGUUUUUCUUUAGUGAAGAUGAGACAGAAAAAGAACAACAAUGGGCAGGAGAUGUUAAUUGAAAUGGUCACUUUUGUUUUUAUCUACAAUGACAUGCGUUUACAAAAAAACAAUUGCACGGCAAAGACAACAAGUCGAGUCAAUUAAGUAGCACCAAAGGGUUACGAGUGGUCAGAAUUACUGUAUGACAGCGAACGUCUCACCAUCACAACAAGGGGACCUCAUUGAGUUGGUUCUAUAGCACCUUGACGUGUUUGCAUGCUCCCCAAUUGGCUUGUUGUGUAAAAUAUGACCCUUUUCUUUUAAGAAAUAAAAACAUGACGGUGACUUCUUGUUAUGAGGUAGCCAUCAAAGCAAUGAAGGUGCACUUUUUUGUUUAGGUUUUUUCCAUUCCGAUGGGACAAUUUUACAACAAGGAGACACGUCACACUUUUUACAAUUUAUUUAACACCAGGAAAAAAAUGGUACAUAUCAUUUGUUGUUUCUUAAUGUCCUUCCGCAGUUGGGGCGAAAAACGGCAAAAGUCACCUGCGUUUGCAUUGCGAUAAUUAGUUUUUUCUUUCUUAAACUCCAAGGGAAACAUUUUACACAAGCAAAUAUCAUGUUCUUGUUGCCGUUGAAAAUGAACAGAUUGUUCAAUUUAAAAAAAAAAAGUGUCCUUGUGGCGUGGCAGUCCCAAAAUGUCUCACGAUUGUAAAACAAACAAACAAAAAAAAUAUCAUCGUCUUCAGUGGAGUGGUUUUAAAGCGUGUGGACUGAUGGUGGCCAAAUGAGUUUUGAAUGCAUAGAGAAUAGGAUUUUAGAGAUGACUGCUAGAAAAAAAACAACAAUUUCAUGUCCAUAUUUCUUCCUUUUUUUUCUCUCCUUUUACAAGAAGCAAACAGGGCCAACUUCGACGCCAAAUUCCUGAUCAGGGGCACCAACAUCCAUAGGAG